GUCUGUCCGUGACGUAACGGCUAUACUCCUGAUAAUUUCCGUCGUGACGCAUGCGUAUUUGAUUCAGAACAAAAAUCAGAAUUAGUCCAACGGAAUCCCGGAAAGUAGCGAGUGCGAGAGACACGGCGGUGCCGCUUUACAAAAUCACAACGAGCGUUAAUUAACCUGUCAAGACGUGGUCUCGUAGCGUUAUUCACGCACUCGAAAGGUGUUGCGGCUAAUCGUCCGUGGGAUUCGGUCGACUGCCAAGCAGAAUGGUGAAGCCAGAGCAAGUUUUAAUUAUCGAACCGGAAAGCGAACUACGGUUCAUGGGCCCGUUCACAGGAACGUCAGUCACAUCUUAUAUAUCAUUAACUAAUCCAACGAAUGACAAAGUUUACUUUAAAAUCAAAACAACUGCUCCAAAGAGGUACUGUGUACGUCCAAAUUGUGGACACAUCAAGCCAAAGAAAUCCACUCAAAUAGCUGUGUCACUUCAGCCAUUUGAUUUUGACCCAGCAGAAAAAAAUAAACAUAAAUUUAUGGUGCAAGCUGUAAUAGUUCCAGAUGACGAUGAUGAAGAUAGUGUUGGUGUGUGGAGUGACCUAAAUCCGGAGCAGGUAAUGGAAUCUAAAUUAAAAUGUGUAUUUGAAAAUCCUAUAACUUAUCCUAUGCCAGCUAAACCUACUGCACCUAAAUCAGAAGUAAACACAAAUAAUGGCAAAAAUAAAGGAGUUGGUGAUUCUGUAAAGUCAUCGCCAAAGGUUCUUGGAGAAGUGGAAGAGAAAUUAUUAAAAGCAGCACAAGAAGUCAAUCAGCUUAGGGUAGAAGAGAGCACUCUUAGGCAGGAAAACCUUCAAUUAAAGGAGGACUUAUUGAAAUUAAAAAACGCGGCAUUGGGUAAUGAUGCUACCUUAGCUGCAGCUAGAGGUUUGACCUCGCAAAACAUUAGCCAAUUAGUCCCAAACUCUACCAACGUCCUCGUUGCCGUCGCCAUUGCCAUGGUCAUAGUGGGAUACUUAUUGGGAAAAAUGUUCUGAGCAGCCAUUACUCUACCGCAUAACUUGGCACAUCCUCUCUUCCCCUGUGUUUCUUAGCCUGCUCCCCCUGCUAUUAGUCGCGUGCGGAAAGUUUUCUUCUGAAGAUAUACAUCUUUCCAAUUCAUAUCAACUCUAGUUUGACUCUAGUCUUCUGUAUGGUACAAACCAAUUAAAACUUCCGGGUGUAAGCUGUGUCCUGUGGAUAAGAUACCUUGAUGCUUUGUCAACAUUCUAGGCAGCUUCUUCAGGAGUAUAUUAGUGCUACAAGUAGCUGCAAUACUGCUGAAAUGUCAGGAGUAUUUUAUUUCAGGAAUACGGCUUAUACCCGGAAGUCUCGGUUAGUAUUAAUCCUGAGGAACCGGGCCGUGAAAGCCACAAAUAUCUUAUCUUUCCAAUUUCUUGAGGAGCAAUCUCCUCAUGCGCGAGUUGGACAGACAUAUAUCUUGAGAAGUAAACUUUCUACACCCGGCUUAUACCAUAUACCACUUACUGAUCGCAAAGGUCAAAAUCAGUCAUCGUAUUACGCGGUUGUUCAUGAUAAAUACUAUAAACGUGAACAGGUAGUGGUUUAAAAUAAUAGAAUAUUCGCUGCAAGAGUGUGCUUAUACUUUAGUAAAGCGACAGAACAUUAAAUCCUUUUUUAAGAAAUAAAUCACUCACGCUGCAGUAUGGGUGCAGAAAUUUACGAUGAAUCUUGUUAUCGUUAUUCAUUGCGUGACUUUACUCAUUUAAAUAACAAAUCGUGCAUUAUAAUGAAUCGUUAAUCAUUCAGUUUACAUUUUUCUGUUUUCCUAUUUCUUAUAAAAGGAUUUUCGCUUUACAAACUUGCUUGCGGCUGUGUCUUUGAAACCAUGUUGCCACUAAGUAAAUUAUGUACGGAAUUACGAAAUUAAUUAAAAUAUAACUCUUACGAAUCUUUUCAUAAAAAAAGAACAAAAAACAAAGAUGAAUUUUUGAUUUGACAUUCUAAAACGUAAUUAACAAUCACAACAAUAUAAGAUUGUACAUAAUGUAUCCAAUUUAAGAUAAUGUAUUAAUAUCUAACGUAUAGUUAAGAGGGGGAGGGGGGGGGGUCUGGCUGAUUAGUAGUGGUUCGUGACUCAGAAAUUGGAUACGCUGGCUCUAUCCAUCAGCAAUGAUUUAUGAUAUAUGAUUAUGAUAUAAGGAACAUGAUAUAAGGAAUUUAAUGCAUUAAAUUUUUUGACGCUUCAGUGUAAUUUUUAUUUCUUUAUGUUUGUCUUAUAAAAAUUUAAAAUAAAGAUAUCUCAGAUGUCACACA